CUGACCAUCAAACACCGGCUCCUCCAUCUGCUCUAUCAACGCAGCCUACCUCUAACUCUCUACUCUCUAACUCUACACCUAACACUCCAGAAACAUCGCCAUGGCUCGCGUCCUGCUGAUGACAUCACUUGCCAUGCUGCUGUGCGCCGUUAUGGUCACUGAAGGUCUGCGGAUGGCUAGUGGGCCAAAAAUGUGCUGCUUCAAGUUUGAGAAUCGUCCGCUGCCUGCCAAGCGUGUGAUUGGUUACAGUCUCACGAGCCCCCUAUGCUCCAACCCCGCUGUGGUCCUCGAGACAGCGAGACGCCAAGUGUGUGCACAGCCAUCCGAGGGCUGGGUGCAGCAGAUUAUGAAGAGUGUGGACAGCAAGAAACCAGGGCAGCAGACCCCUUUGUAAGACGAGGACCAGGAACAAGGAUGUGAGGCCCAAAUUAUGGAGACAAAAUGAAUGUACCAUUUCACCUUUUUGGCAAAGGAACUAAGCUUUGAUUUUUGUUAUAACUACACAAUAAUCAUCUUUGAAUGAUAGCUGUUUAAUUCAGGGCCAUAAAAACACCCUUGGUUGUUGUUAACAAGCUCAUUUAUCAAUGUCAAUGUGUUUUGACUGUAUUUGUUUGUAUCCUUCACAAGUAUAACCCUAAGAAAGUGAGGAUCAUGAAAAUGUGUUCAUCAGUUUUCAAAAUGUUACUGCAAAAGAACAUUAUCAGUGGUUUUAUAAAGUGAAACGUAUUUUCAGUUUGAAUGCUUAUGUUAUUUUCAUAUAGAUGCUAAAAAGCAGCGCAUCCUCUCAUAGAAGAAUAAAAGCUACUCAUAGUGUUAUUGUUCUGGCAAGUUUGAGCCUACUAAGAAGAGUCAGCUCGACUUUAGACCUGGAAAGACUCCAAUGAUGUUAAAAAAUAUCGAAUGUAAUAAAUGUAUCUUUUCAUUGUCAUAUUUAACUUUUUUACCGUG